AUGGACCCAUUUGCUAGAACACUAGCUAUUGAAACAUGGACUCUAUAUGUGUUUGGUACUGUCCUAGCUCUUCUGUCUAUGGCCUCGCGGCGUAUAGCCCGGAAAUCAUGGAAGAAAUUGCAAACUGAUGAUUACCUGAUGGUGGUCAUUUUGUUUACCUUCACCGGAGUCGUUGUCUGCGCAAAUGAGACCGCACAGCAUGGGAGUAACUAUAUUCCCCUAGAAAAGGCACUGUCCCUCACAGAGGAAGAGCAUGAUGAUGCUGUAUACGGCAGCAAGAUGACCUUUAUACUUGAACAUUUCACCUUGGUCUCUCUGUGGCUAGUCAAGGCUUGCUUAUUGAUUAUCUAUAAUCGACUGACGUUGGGUUUAAGAGAGCAUUUAGCAGUGAAGGUGCUUGCUGUUUACGUUGCGGCAUCCUUUGUGAUAAUUGAGAUUCUCUUCUGCACUGUUUGGUGUGGUCCGCCCAUCACCAUGUACUCGCAAUGUGCCACCUAUUAUGACCACUUAGUUACAACGAGCGCGUUCAACAUCUCAUCCGACCUGAUGAUGUUGUGUAUUCCAAUACCGCUUGUCCUACGCUCGCAGAUCCCGCUCAAACGGAAACUGAUUCUUUGCGCUGUGUUCAGCCUUGGUUUGAUAGUGAUCCUCAUGGCAAUCCUCAAUCGUUAUGUUAACUUCACCGAGGAAUAUACCGUUAGCUUCCUGCGAUGGUACGUUGCUGAAGUUGCGACAGCCGUUUACGUAGCCAAUGUGCCCCUUCUAUGGCCUCUCCUUCGAGAACUUUUCAGCCUAAGCUCCUUCGCAAAUUCAUACGGUAGACAAGGUGUCUCAUUCUCUAGUGGCCGUCGCACAACAAACAUGCAUCACUCGCGAUUACGCUCCCGACUGAGUCACAUGGACGAAUCCACGGAGUCCAUCGUGCAGCAUUCGCAUCCCGACCGUGAAAAAGGAGGAUUUGGAGCCCUCGGAGCCCUCGAUAGGGGGUUGGAGUUAUCGCCCAUUCAAGAGCGGCACUACCGUGCUACGGUCACGACUGAGGAUGUGGAGCAGCCGGUGGAGAGGAAUGUUUCACACAGCACUAGCCAGUCUCUUUCGGGGAUAUACCGGACGGUGGAGGUGGUGCAAUAUAGGGAAUAA